CUUUGUUAAACAGCUGUUUAGAAAUCUAACACAACAGUUGUCUUGUUAUUAAUAUUUGUUUGUUUAAUUUAUCCAUAUAGGGAGCAAAUUCCCGAACUUAAUUAAAUAAUUCCAUAAAUGUUGAUUUUAGUAAGCGGAGAGGCUUCCGAAUCUGAUGAUGAGCUACAGGACAAGCACAAGAUUUUCGCUGCUGAAGUUCCUGGAGAGGCUUCAGAGGAGGACGACGAUGAUGAGGACAUCUACGAACAGCGCAGGAGCAACCAGGUUAACAGCACCACGGCCUCCAUUUACCGGAACAACCUGCUCCAGCGGAAACUGAUUGAAAAUAACAUUGCCAUUUGGAGAUCUUUUACUGCCUUCACCCGCAGUUUCGUAUUGAAUGCCUCCAAGCAGCUGGUGACCACGGAUCAGAUGCUCAUCAAAUCUCAACUUAAUCUGCAGUCAGCACACACCUCCCUGCAGCAGGCCCAAAGGAAUGCUCAGGAACUGCAGGCAAGGAUGUGUGCCGUGAUGACGAGCAGCUUUCUGCCACAUAUUAACAACGUCGAGAAGGCUGUCUGACUAUUCUAUCCUAUUAUUUGUAUUUGCCGAGAUAAACGAACAAAGUGUAUGUUAA